GUGUUAUCAGUGUCCUACGAGUGUAGGGCUCAGCUCAGCCAUAUUCUAUCUCCACGCCGCUAACUCUCUCUCACACUCAGUCUCUGUGUCUCUCUCUCUUUCACACCCUUCACUUUACUCUCUCUCUCUGGGUCGUGUUGUGGUUAACUGUGUUGAUUGAUUUGGUUUCUGGGGGACCAGUUUGGUUUUUGGUUUUGGUAAGCUUUUAUAUAUAUAUAUAUACAUCCAAUCCAUGAUGAGCCUUUGGUGAUCUAAAGAAGCAAAUCUGAAUAGAGAGGAGAGAGCAGAGACAGCUAAAAUGCAAGGAGGAAUGAGAUCAUUUUUGUCACAUGGGAAUGUCAUUAGAAAUGCUGUUCUACAACGCGUGCGCAUGGUGAACCCCCUGCUACAGACAAUUGCCUCUUCGCGGUUUGAAUCUGUUACGCCUGCUCGCAUCGAGGAGCAUGGUUUUGAGAGCACCACAAUUUCAGACAUCUUGAAUGAUAAAGGCAAGGGUGCUGAUGGCUCCUGGCUUUGGUGCACCACAGAUGAUACUGUUUACGAUGCUGUUAAAUCAAUGACCCAAAACAAUGUUGGAGCUUUGGUUGUUGUGAAAUCUGACGCGAAUAAGGCAAUUGCAGGAAUUAUUACUGAAAGAGAUUACUUAAGAAAGAUCAUCGUGCAGGGAAGAUCAUCCAAGUCUACUAAGGUUGGAGAUAUUAUGACUGAAGAGAACAAACUUAUCACAGUCACCCCUGAUACCAAAGUUCUGCAGGCUAUGCAACUGAUGACUGACAAUAGAAUCAGGCACAUCCCCGUGAUUGAUGAAAAAGGGAUGAUUGGCAUGGUGUCCAUUGGAGAUGUGGUUCGUGCUGUGGUGCGUGAGCACCGACAAGAGGUCGAGCGCUUGAAUGCUUUCAUACAAGGUGGUUAUUAGAUAAUGAUGAUGAAAAAUUCUCAAGGGCACUCAAGCUAAUUUGAAUUAUGUAAUAAGCUUGAGUGCUUGUAAAUAUGUUAUGGCCACAGAGCCUUCUUGUUUGCUUUCCUGUAAUUUCAGUUUUAUGGACAUUAACCCGAUGGAGUAGCAGCAUGUUAAUAAUAACAACUGGAUGCAGUUUGAAUUUGUUUUGAAUCAUGUUUCACUAGUGAGUGCAUGGA